AUGUUGGGACGUUGUGUAGCUGGCCAAGGUUCAAAUGACGACGUGUCAGACUUUCCAGAGAUCUACACUGAGUGGGCCAAUUACUAUUUGGAGCGUGCUAAAUCAAAGCGUACGGUUGUCGACCUGUCGACAGACUGUCGCGAUGGUUUGUUGCUUGCCGAAGUCAUCGAAGCUGUCACCACUUUUAAAGUACCUGAUUUAACAAAGAAACCGAAAACACAACAACAAAUGUAUGAUAACGUUGAGAGUUGUCUUGCAGUGCUACGCCAAAAUCAAGUUGGUGGACUAGAAACGAUAACAGCAAAGGAUAUUUGUUCGGGUAGAUUGAAAGCAGUUUUAUCGCUUUUCUUCAGUUUAAGUCGUUACAAGCAGGCAAGCAAACAAAAAACGCCAAGUAAAUCCCCACAACCAACAACUUUCAUUCAUCAUCCACAAAUUCAUCAGCAACCAGUACAACAUUUAAACACAUCACAAAGCGACAUGACAAAAGAACGGUGAGUUAUGCUUAUCUAUUUUGUAAUCAAGAAUCAAGACUCUUCACUUCAAUUGUAAUCAUUUAACUGUCGAGAAAUCAAUUUUCAAUAAUGAAAAUUUCAUCUGAAGGUAUAAAAAUUCGUUGAAUUUAAAAUGUCCGUUAAAUUUUUGAAAAUUAUUCAACGCCAUCUACUUGGAUUCUGCUAUUGAGGAUAGCGCACCACGUGACAAAAUGCAAAACUAAAACGAAUAGAAAUUUCUACUCAUUUCUUUGAAUAGCAUGAGUAACUUAUUUUGUUCAGGAUAAUUGAGUAGCAGCAUAAAUUGCUAUUCACUAGAAAAUCUUGUGCUAGACAAACUUGAAUCUACUC